AUGCCUUUCGCUUUGCCCGAGGGCUUGCUGCCUGUGGGGCGCGGCUCUGCUGUGCGGUUGCACCGCCCGGUAGGGCGGCCCAUUAUGCUGCUCAACUUGUACCUUCCGGCCGCCUCUGAGGUGCUCGCUGCCAAGCUUCUUGAUGAUGUGUUCAGCUUUGCCGCGGCGCGGGGUGAUGAGACUAUUCUGCUAGGCGACUUUAACCUUCCACCGGACCGGGCCCCGAUUGCUGACGCCAGGGCUGCGGGCUUCUGGCGGUUGGCUGACGAAACGGUCGAGGGGGACAUUCCUUUGCGGCCCACCCGCCGGGAUGAGCAUGGCCAGCCUACAGGCCGAUGCGUGGAUUUCGCGUUGUCCACUGUGGGGGUUCCCGCGUUGGACCGCCAGCAGACCCCAGGACCAGCCGAUCACGAUUUGGUGUCAUACUCCUUUUCUUUGGAAAAGGACACUCGGGAGUUACCCCGGGCGCCCUCGCGCCGGCCGCUGCCUGCCGACCUCCCUCCCGUCACGACCGAGGCUUGGGAGCAGGCGUGGGCCCAGCAUGAUGCCGCGUUUGACCAGGCGUUGCAUGCUACGGAUGUAAAUGCUGCUUGGGUUCUCCUUAGUCAUGCCGCUGAGUCCUUGCUGACCGGGGACCCGCACACCGAUGCCGGCCAUUUGCCCCGUGCUUGGGUUAUUUCCCCUAGGCCUCGCCCUUCCCCUUCCACUAAGAGCGAAGCUUUGCAAUCGCAUCCGGAGCGCCGCCUGCGCCGUCUUGCGCGGCGUGCACUUGAGCUGCAACGCCGCCCUGAGGACCCCUCGGCUUCUGGCCUUAGGCAACGUGUGCUUCGGGAUGCGGUUGAGCUAGGUCUAAUGGACUGUGCUUCCCCGCAGGUGAUCGCUGAUGCUGCUUUGCGGCGGGCGGCCCAGCUUGAGGUUUCGGCUUCGCAGUGCCGUGUCAGGCAAUGGCACGAUGCUGUGCAAAACAACGUUCACCGGCUGCGGCGCUGGGUCUGCCGCACGGCUGCUCCGGCUCCUGGCCCUCUUGACGAUGCACCGGUGCAUCCCAUUGACAUUGUUGCUGCUGAGCAUGCCAAGUGGGGAGCCCAAUGGUCGAUCCCUGCGCCGCACACUUCGGAGGAGACUCGCGACUGGUGUGCCCGCCUGGGCCCUGCAACGGCUCCUUGGGCUGAUGACUUGCUACAUCCGACUCCUGCUGCGGUGCUGGCCUGCCUCCGGGCUAGCUCGCGGCGGGCUGCUGGCUUGGACUCAUGGGCGCCGGCUGCACUCGCGUUGCUGCCGUUGCCGUUCUUCCAGCUUUUGACUCGCUUGUGGACGUGCUGCCUCAGUGCUUGCAAACUCCCGCAUAGCUGGCAUCAUGUUAGGAUCACUUUGCUUCCCAAGGAGGAUGGUGGCCUUCGUCCACUUGCUAUCGCUUCGGCGCUUUGGCGCGCCCUCGGCACUGUGGUGGUGCGCAACCUUCGGGCUUGGGCGCUUAGCUGGGCUCCACCUUCACUCUUGGGCUCCAUGCCGGGGCGGUCUUGUGCUGACCUGCAUGCCAGUUUCGCCGCCGACCUUCACCACGCGAGGACCAACCGCCUUCACUUUGCGGGCUACAAAGCUGAUAUCAAACGUUGUUUUGACUCUGUGCACGUGGCCCAGGCGCUUGAGGUUGCACGGUGGCUCGGGGCGCCUCGGGCGUUGCUACCGUUGCUUCAGCAUUUUUAUGCCAUGCAACAGCGACACAUGUCUUGGCAGGGGGUUUACCACCCCUCUGCCAUCAGGCCGGUUGCUGGGUUACUUCAGGGCUGCCCCUUUAGUCCCCUCUUGCUUAACUGCAUCGUCUGUGUUUGGGUCCGGGUUGUCCAGCAAGCCGUUCCCCGAGCCGUCAUUGCAACUUACUUGGAUGACCGGACCGUUUGGUCCGUUGGCCGCCAACCUGGCCCUCUUGUACUUGCUGCUGCCCAGGCUGGCGACCCGGUUGACCGGUUCUUUGGACUGCGGCACCAUCCCGAGAAGCUUGCUUGCUUUGGCACGGGCACGCUCACCAAAAGUUUUCUGGUGACAAAUGCUCAGUGGCUUGGGCCCCUCCGGCCGCACUUCGUGCUGUUGGGGGUGCACUACGCUGUGGGGCUCACCUGCCUGCCUGAGACGACCAAGCUUUCUGCUGUUGUGGCCUCCCGUUGCCAGCGCAUUGGCUUUGCGGCGCGGGGGAUGGCCUUGCGCCGUGCUCUCGUGCGGCAGCUGGUGCUCCCACUCUUUGCUUGGUGUGCGCCGUGGAGCCAGUUCAAGGUCACUCACGUUCAGGCUUGGACUCGGAACGUUGCCUUUGCUUUGUGGGGUCGCCCUCCUGCGCCCAGCCGCUCCAGACUUCUCUUGUGGCAUGUGACCGGCAGGCCGCACCUCCACCCUGAGCACGCUAUGGACUUUGUGGUUGCCCGCCAGGAGUGGUACCGCUGCUCCAGGCAGCCUGCUGUUGUACUGACUCGACCUGCCAUCGUCCCUCGUUGGCCUGCUGUCCUUAAGAAGUGGGGGUGGACCUGUCAGGCCGAUGGUUCCUGGAGGACCCCUCUGGGCGUGCUUAAGCCUGGCUGGGAUGGACUGUGCGCUUUGCGUCGUGCAGCUGACUACGCCUUUCUACAACGACUGUGGAAGGAGGACGCUAAAAGUGCACCUUUCGACCUCGCGCUAAGCACCCC